AUGUUGGUCCCUGAAAUGUCUUUUUCCGACUUCAAAUUUGUUUAUGCUGAUUUGAAAUUGAUCUAUCUAUCUAUCUAUCUAUCUAUCUAUCUAUCUAUCUAUCUAUCUAUCUAUUCUCAUAUAUUAAACUUUAGGGACACCAUCUAUCUAUCUAUCUAUCUAUCUAUCUAUCUAUCUAUCUAUCUAUCUCUCUCUCUCUCUCUAUAUAUAUAUAUAUAUAUAUAUAGAGAGAGAGAGAGAGAGAGGGAGGGAGAGAGGAACAGGGAGUGCAGGAAGGUCGAUAGCUUAACUAUUGUGGCAACAGCUUCGAGAAGUGCUAAAAUACCCUCAUUGAACCAGCGAAGGAUUGCCUUCCUGAAGAUCAGGUCGGCAGAAUCAAGGAAGUGGACAGUGUUGGUUGAUGCUACACUGUCAGGGGAGGUUAUUGUGUCUGGAUUGAGGCCAGAUCUAUUGUUGAUUGAUAGCAAGAAGAAACGUCAGUUGCUUGGUAAGCUGACAGUAACAUGGGAGGAGAAGAUUGAAGAGGCUCAUAAAAGAAAGCUGCUUCGGUAUGAGAAACUGGUGGCUGAAGUCCGUGAGAGAGUUACGGCUGCACGCUGGUGCCGUUUGAGGUUGGCUGUACAGGAUAUCCUGCUGCUUCCUUAA